GCGGCAAUGUCGGGCAGGUCGGUCCGAGCUGAGACCCGGAGCAGGGCUAAAGAUGACAUCAAGCGGGUUAUGGCCGCUAUUGAGAAAGUACGAAAAUGGGAGAAGAAAUGGGUGACUGUUGGAGACACGUCCCUUCGCAUCUUCAAGUGGGUGCCAGUGACAGAGCCCAAAUCAGAGGAUAAAAAUAAAAACAAGAAGAAAGGUAAAGAUGAGAAAUACGGCUCAGAGCUGACGACUCCAGAGAACAGCUCUUCUCCAGGGAUGAUGGACAUGCACGAUGACAAUAGCAACCAGAGCUCCAUCGCUGACUCCUCCCCGGUGAAACAGGAGAACAGCUGUAGCACCAGCCCGACCCCGGAGCCCACCGCCACGUCUCACCGCGAGAGCAGCGAGAUCAAGAGCGACCAGAGCCCGGACAGCAAGAGGGUUAAGACCACGUCUUCAUCAGAGACCUCAGAGAGAGCACCGAGUGCCAAGAGAGACCUUCUGCCCUCGGGGGAGAAGGACUCUUCAGACAGCAAAGCCACUCAGGACCUAGAUGAGGACACCCCACCCAGCAAGAAAACCAAACUGGAGUCCUCGUCUCCAGACUUUGAGGAGAGUUAAAUGUUUGGAGCUGAGUCAUUCUUCUCCUUCCUCUCCUUCCUCCCUCCCUCCCUCCCUCCCUCUGCCCCUCCCUCCAUUACCUCUAGAUAAUUUAGGGCUAAUGGACGCACCGGCUCUCCUCUCACCACCCCACCUCCCUUUCUAAAAACCGAAAGGAGAACAGACGUCUCUCUUCCCCUCCUCCAGUCUGCCCUAACACUCCUCUGCCACAGAGGGAGGAUGGAUAUUACCUCUAUUCGCUGGUCCCCCCUCCGUGCUUCCUUCAACACUUCUUCACUAAUGCCAAGAGAAGCUCUGACCCCGGGCUGCAGACCCCCCGCCAGGCCAGCCCUCAAACACUGACCUUCAUCUGUGACUGAAAAGAGUUAACACUGGGGAUCUGAGAUUAGGACGAGGUUGGUCCCAGGCGCUAAUCUGAAACCGUUUUUAACACAUUUUACUGCUAACGGUUAGCUCGGGAUAGAGGCUAACUGGGUGUCAGAUCAGCGGCUCCCGGGGGGAACCUCCACCCUGAGACCACGUCACUUCAAUCCUCCCGAUUCGCCUCCUGUUAGACUAAUGUUCUAUAUUUGUUUAGGAAACGUUUAGGGUUUUUUUCUCAGGAGGGUCAAUGCACUGUUAUGGUAUGUCACAAUCGAUCACAGAUAGAUUUGCUGCUGUAGUGGAAGUCUUUUUUCUCUAUCCAUGAAAAGUUCUCCAUUCACAUCUUUAAGUUAGUUUGUGGUUUGUAGAAGGAGAUGCUACUGGUCGAGAUAAACUCUUGGAUAUGUAGUGAGCACAGGCAUAGGUAGCGUAGAUCAUGAAGGUGUGCCUUGAGUUGCUACGAUUUAAAAACACGCUUCAGGUCAAGCCGCUUUUGAAUUAUAAUUUUGGUGCCAUGUUUGUUUUUUCUUAUAAUCAUCACUUAUUAGUGUAAUCCAAUAUUUAUAAUCAACUGCAACACUUGUUUUUUUGUUAAAGGAAUGGUUAUUUUUUGUAAUAAUCACUUAUCAAGAGUUCAAUUCCACUCUGUAUGUUAAAUGUAAAGCUGUUAGCUUAGCUUAGCAUGAAGACUGGAAACAAAAGGAAACAACUAGCCUAAUAGUUUGUAAACUCCUGUUUUUAUACAGAUUAAAAGUACAAGAUCAUAAUGUUUAAAUGAAUGAGCUUUAGAGGAAUAAGCUUUUUGUCUUAGUAUGAAAACAAAGAAGAUAUUUUCCAGAUUAUUAUAAAGUUGGACUUUUGUACCUUCAAUAAGAGUCAGACUAUCUGUUUCCAGGCUGUGUGCUAUGCUAAGCUAACUAUGUUUGGACUGCGGCUUUAUAUUUUCUGCAGUCAUGAAAGUGUUUUUUCCCAAGAUGUGGAACUAUUCCUUUAAAACAUUUGUAGACUGGAAUUUGAACACUGCCCAGAAUCAUUUGCCGCACAUUUAAACAUCUGCAAACCUCCUGAAUCGGAGUCUCUGGUCUGUGUCUACUUCAGGGGACGUCUUUCUUCCAAAGUAGAGACAGACCAGUUUGUGGGGCUGGUUUCCGUCUGCUCCACUAUCAUGACCUGUGCUGACUCACUUCUCAUCUCUGCGUAUCGCUACUAUCUCUGACAGAAGGGUCUUUAGCUCGAGCGUUGGUUUGUGACUCUCCUUACGGUGCUCUCUAUCGACUGAAUCCAUACACGUGUGGCAUCGAGCUCUCGGUUUUCGUGCAGAUUUGUGCAAUUUACUUGAACUUUAUAUUGACAAAAAAGCGGAUUCAGACCUGUGACCUCGUAAUGAACAACCUCACACAUUAACUUUCAUUAAUAUUUACUGAAUAUGGAUUGAAUCACUGCAAACCAAUGACUUCAUGACAUAACAGGGGCUAUAAGAAGUACUUCAUGAUGCGGAAUUACUUGAUCAGAUUUCAACAAAUCAGCAUUCACAUGGAUGGAGAGAAAAGAAAAAAAACAAUUGUCUCAGUUUAGAGGAUGGAUUAGCAUAUACCUCAUUCCCAGUCCAGCAGCGCUGGAACUUAAAAUGCUAUGUAUUGACAUUAACAGUUAUAAACAGCAUUAUGUACACUCUGUUUAAAAAAUCUCAACUAUGUUGUAGCUUUCACCUGAUUGAGCCGAUUGCUUAUAGUUUGCUCAUAACUGUGUUUUAAAAAAACAAAGAAAAAAAGAGCUGUGAUAUAAUAUCUUGUAUGUUGUUGUUUUUUUCUUAUCGGGACCAGUUUGUUUGACUUUAGAUCUUGUACAGAUUUAUGGUUUGGUUUGACUUAUUUAUUCCAUCAGUAGUGCUUGGUUUUUAUUAUGUCCAAUGGUUUUGUUUUCUUAAUAAAAUUCACAAAAGUU